AUGGCGUAUACUCCGUUACAGCGGUCAGCAAAAACCGGAGCACCUGCAGGUGCGGCUGCCCCACCGAGCUAUUCAAGGAUAUGGAAUCGACCCCUGCCGCCAGUCCCUACCGAGGAUCUGCUCCCAAGGGCUGCAGAAAUGCACGAGCGAGAUCACGGAAAUGGAGAACAGGUCGCGUCGUCUCCACAAGAAGAUUUCGUCGAAAUCUUAGACUGCCAGAAUCCGGGGGGAGCUCGCCUUCCCUCCGUGAAGUUCACGAGGGCAUCGCCUCCUCUCACCCGACAGGUACCGAGGGCGCUGUCUCAUCACUCCGGACAGGCACCGAGGGUACCGCCUCAUCACUCUGGGCAGUCACCGAGGGUACCGCCUGAUCGCUCUGGACAGGCUUCAGGGGUACCGCCUCAUCACUCCGGACAUGCACCGACCCGCUCCGGACAGGCGCCGGGGGCACCGCCUCAUGGCUCCGGACAGGCACCACAUCAUCACUCCGGACGGGCACCGACCCAUCGCCCCGGACAGGCACCGACCCAUCGCUCCGAACUAAGCUCCGAACAGACACCGGAGGUACCAACCCAUCGCUCCGGACAGGCACCGACCCAUCGCUCCGAACAGACACCGGAGCUACCGCCUCAUCGCCCCGGACAGGCACCGACCCAUCGCUCCGGACAGGCACCGGGGGGUCCGGAUGAUCACAAUCAGUCACCAGGGGCACAUGGGUACCACAACCUUCAGAAGCAAGACAAGAAGCACGUACAAUCGAAUCCGAUGUAUGGCGGAGAUCUGCCAUCAGGCGGCCCCGGCCAAGUUCGACAUCCACCGGAUGGGGCAGGACAACCGGACCAGACGGUGCCGGGCCCGCCCGCACACGUGCAAAGGGAUGAUGGGGAGGCUGUCCCCAAGACCCCAGCAAGAAGCACCGUUGGGGCCCAACCCGCGACGGCCUCCACACACGUGUACGAUAACGAAAGACCAACAGUCGGACAGCCUCCGGACGGCGGCGGUCUAAGCGCGCGGGCUCCCCCACUUUUCCCGAGACCAGGAGCAAGAACCACCGACGGGGCCCAACCUGCGGCGGCCGCCACACACGUGUACGAUAACGAAAGACCAACAGUCGGACAGCCUCCGGACGGCGGCGGUCUAAGCGCGCGGGCUCCCCCCAUUAUCCCGAGACCAGGAGGAAGAACCACCGACGGUGGGGCCCAACCUGUGGCAGCCUCCACACACGUGUACGAUAAUGAAAAACCGACAGUCGGACAGCCUCCGGACCGCGGCGGUCUAAGCGCGCGGCCUCCCCCACUUUUCCCGAGACCAGGAGCAAGAACCACCGACGGGGCCCAACCUGCGGCGGCCGCCACACACAUCUACGAGAAUGAUGACACGUUCGGACAGUGUCUCGGGCCACCUCUGAACCGGGACGCUCUCGGCGCACCACCUGUCCCCUCUACUCCGAGGCCAGGAAGAAGAACCACCGACGGGGCCCAACCUGUGGCGGCCGCCACACACCUGUACGAGGAUGGUGACGCGUUCGGACAGCGUCUUGGACCACCUCUGAACCGGGACGCUCUCGCCGCACCGCCCGUCCCCUCUACUCCGAGGCCCACGCCGCUAGAGAAAGACGUUCAAUCUGGGAACAAGUAUGUCAAGGCCGAGGAACCGCCAUCAUCAUUCUAG